AUGCGGGACAUCUCGGGCGCGUCCGCGUCCUCCUCGAGCGACGUCGACGACGCGACGACGUCCGGGGACGACGAGGCCCCGCUCCUGGGCGUCGCGGGCGAUCGCACGACGGAGGAAGCGUCGAAGACGAGCUCCGAAGCGACAGCGAGCGCGAAGGAAGUUUUGCAAAGACACGGACGCGCGCUCGCCGCGUUCGCGGUCACGCUCGUGGCGUGCACGAUGAGCAUGAGCGUGCCGUUCCCGUUCUUGGCGCAGGAGUUUAGGCGCGCGGGGACGUCGCCGCGGACGGUGGGGGUCGUGUUCGCCGCGCUGCCGCUCGGCACGCUUUUGUUGUCCCCGCUCGCACCGAGAUUGGUGUGGCGGUACGACGCGAAAAAGGUGGCGAUGCGGUCACUGCUUGGACAAGGAGCGUGUGUGCUCGCGACGAGCGCGUUCGGGGGGACGAAACCUUGGGUUUGGUUCGUUUUCAGGUUCACGCAAGGGUGCUGCAACGCGUUGACAUCAGUGACCAUGCUGUGCAUCAUCACGCGGGCGGCGCCCGAGGCGGUGGCGCUCACGAGCUCGAUACAAGAGGUCGCCGCGGGGUUUGGGACGCUCGUAGGUCCGAUUUUUGGUGGGUUCUUGUACGACGUGGGGCAGAGCGCGACGCUGCCUCUCGUCGCAAAUGGAGUGGCAAUUUUGCUCACGGCACCAGCAGUGGAGCGCGCGAUGCGUUCCAUCGAAAGUGAACCAGCACCACCGAGCGAGAGCGCGAAUGAGGAAGAGAAACCAAGUUAUGCUCGCGUUCUUCGACAUCCAACGUUCCUCAGCGCGGCGUUCGCGGAGCUGGUCGUGUCGACGUCUUUCGGUGGUAUUCCAACAACGCUACCGUUGUACCUAAAUCAAACGCUUCGCUUCACGCCGUCGAUGAUUGGGGUGGUGUACUCUCUCUUGGCCGGUUUGUACGCUCUCAUUACUCCGCUCGUAGGCAUGGUGAGCCAUAACUCGAGGCUUGCGGACAUUUUGCUAUGCCUCGUGGGCAUGGGAGCCAUGGCAAUCGCGCACCUGUUGUUCGGUCCAUCAUCGCUCUUGGAUUUACCAACGCUUAGCGAUACGGCUCGAAAGAGACUGUGCGUUUGGGGCGCUAGUAUCAUUUACGGCUCAGGCUCUGCCUUUGCUUUCGUCCCAUUUUUACCCAUCAUGCAGUCGUCUGUGAGCAAGGAAGGACCAAAGUACGCCGACUUGGCCAACGGGAUCUUUUUGUCCGUAUACUUCUUCGGCGAAAUGCUCGGUCAGCUCUGUUCUUCUUCUUUGGUGCACGAGUACGGUUACCCAGCGGUUUCCACGGCUUGGGCACUCGUCAUUUGCGCGUCUGCGAGUGGUCUCAUAUUCGUUCAGUUUGGUGCUCGCAUCAUGUCGCGCUGGAAACGACUGAGGAGCAGUGUCGUCUCCCGCAUCGGCUCCGCGAGCUCGCUCGAGAUGAUUGGAGAAGAAUUCUUGUAG